AUGAAACUGCUCUGGUCCAUUUUUGUUGGCAUCGCAGCAAUCGUCUUUACUGCUCACAAGUUCAACAACCCGGAUCUAAAGAUUAGUCGUGGUAUCGACUACUUGAGGAACUUCGCUUCGAGGGUACAAAGCUACACUACUACCACGACCAAAAUCACGAAAGAACACUUCCCAUCAACCCAACCAAUCCUAUCUACUAGGGAAAUGUCUGUUCCCCGCGCAAUCCGCACCGUCUUCCUUGCCAUUGAGCAAGCUGAGGGCGCAGGCGCUCGCGUCCGCCGCUCAAUCGGCACCCCCAAGCUCCGCAACUUCUCGCCUUUCCUCAUGCUCGACCACUUCACCAUCGGCAAGGGCGCCGGCUUCCCCGACCAUCCGCACCGCGGCCAAGAAACAAUCACCUACCUGCUCUCCGGCGGUGUCGACCACGAGGAUUUCGCCGGCAACAAGGGCACAAUUGGACCUGGUGAUCUGCAAUUCAUGACAGCCGGCAAGGGCAUCAUGCACGCGGAGAUGCCGCACGAGAACCCAGACGGCAGUCCCAACGUCGGCAUGCAACUGUGGGUUGACUUGCCCAAGAAGCUUAAGAUGUGCGAGCCGAGGUACCGCGAUCUGCGCGCCAGCGAGAUUCCCGUCGCGACUGUCGAUCAGGGCCGAGUGACUGUCAAGGUUAUUUCGGGACAGAGCCAUGGUGUUGAUUCCGUGCGCGAUCUGGCUUACACGCCGCUCUGGCUGUUGGACGUGUCGAUCAAGCCUGGUGGUCGGAUCUCGCAGGUUCUGCCGGUGGGAUGGAAUGCCUUUGCCUACACAUUGUCCGGAACUACCGUUUUUGGGUCAACGGACUCGACGCAGCUGGUGAAGCAGUACCAUAAUGUCGUUUUCGAACAGAACGGGGACCACAUCGAGGCUUCCGUACCGGACAAUGCGGAGGAGGAGUCGAGGUUCAUCCUUGUUGCUGGACAGCCGCUGGACCAGAAGGUCGUGCAGUAUGGACCCUUCGUCUUGACAAGCCAGGAGGAGGUUUACCAGGCUAUGCUUGACUAUCAGACUGCCUCGAACGGAUUCGAGAGAGUCCGCGGAUGGGAGAGUGAGAUCGGGAAGCGAAUGGCCUACUAG